CCCUUUUUGGAAAUAAUAAUUAAGGCAGCACUUUUUUUUUAUGACCCACCUGUGCUGUUUGUUUUUAUACAAGGGGGUGAUGAAAAUACACAGUAAAUGUUUAAAUUUUUAACAUUACUGUAAAGACACAUUGCCGUUAGUCCCCUCAGAACAGACCACCCUGCUUCAACGCGCUUUUCCCAUUGUUCUUGCCACUUUCUGAAGCAGUCCUGGAAGGCGCCUCUGAGCAUUUUCUGUGAAGAAUUGUGAAAAACACAAAAAUGCUGUUGCCAGGUACCAUCCAGUGGAAAGGCAGGCUUGUAAAAAUGGAUUACAAGGUGUCCUUAUCUACCUUAGUCACUGGAUCUGAAGCUGUGCAGUUUCUGGCUUUCCCCAAAGUCAAAAUGACCAUGAAAGGUUAAUGAUUUUAACUGAUUCGGAAUAGCGAGGCAGCUGUAACAGUAGGACUAGUGAUACUGAUGAAAGAGAACUUCCAGAACUGCUUAGGAAAGGGGUGAGAACGAUAAAGAGGAUGUGUGCUUGAAGCGAGGGGGGGAUCAGUGACAGUAUGUCUUUUAUGACAAUAAAUCUUUUAAAAUGUAAACUUUUACUGUAUUUUUUGAUUACCCCAGGUAUAACUGGGUCUGUAUCUGGGCUCUUAAAUUGUGUUUCACUAGUGCAUUCUGUUUAAUCCGCAAUAUCUUAAGUUUCUCGGCGGUAGGAAAUACACUCUAGUUGCUCUUAGUGUGGGGUUUGGAGACAGGCAGCCUGGGUGUGAAUUCUGGUUCCUUUUUACUUCCUAGAGGUUAGAUAAAUGACUCAAACUUCUCUGUACCUAUUUAUCAUCUCUAAGAUGGGUGCAGUGCUAGUGCCAAUUUAUAGGACCAUUGUAAAGAUUAAAGCAAAUAAUUUGUAGAAGUAAUUAAAACUGGCUUAGUUUAAGAGCUUAAUGUUAAUAUUAUUACAUUCUAAAAUUUUUGCAGCAGACUUUUUUUGACUCUAGCUUUCAGAAGUGAAGAUCAAAAAACUGUAAAAAUUCUCCUUUUCUCUUAUGAUCUUUUCUUCCUUACUUCCAAGCACAGACUAUUGAACAGCUAUAGGAGUUCCAAGAACUAAAGCAUGGUGUCAGGAUGUCCUGGUGUUUUUGCGAAAAUAGUGAAUGAAAAUUCAGCUUUAUGGGCUCUGAAGAACAGGACCCCGUCUUUAUUCUCUUUUAGUUUCUGAAACUAUUCCUGGUUUUUAAAUACCAUGAAUUGAAGUAAGAGAUAGAUGAGAUUUUUAAAGUUUUCAAUACAUGUUAACACUUUUUUUAAGACUGAAAAGAGUUUUUAUUUUUGCCACAUAUAUUCAAUAUCAAGAAAUUACUAGAGCAGGAGAAAUUUUUUUAAACAAUUAGUUACAGACCAAACCAAUAGGGUGUGUUAUGUUUGGAUUAAGUGGGUUUUGGCCACACUGUCAAAGCUCAGAGUUGAAGGACAGAGUAAGACAGUAUGUACAAUCCCCCGGUAAGAAAGCCCAAAUCUUUUAAAUGGCAACAGAAGAGUUAACCCAUAAAUUAUGAAAUGGUCAUCAUUUCCCAUGCCAGCCUGUGGAGAAUAGAAGUUUUGCGUAAUUGUGAAAAUUUCACAGAGUGGUAUUUCAUUUUGUUUUGUUUUUUAAUUUGGUCUGCUGUACCUCAAGGCAUCAAUUGAAAGUGAUCAAAUCGAGAUCUGAUCAAUGUACUGUUCAAAGUACUCAAAUGCCUGUAAGCCAUUUUCCUUGACUCUUUUUCUUCUGUUUUCUAAAUAGUAAGAGCUUUCUGUCAGACUUCGUCUAUUUUCACCUUUUGUUCUGCUGGUCUGAUUCAUUUCUCCCCUUGAACAUUCAGACAACUUCAGAAAUAGUUUUGUGAUACAAGGUUGGGCACCUGUAAUUCAAAAAUCUGAAAUCCAAAAUGCUGCAGUGCACACACAUUAAAAACAUUGACAUAAUUGCUUUGGGGCUGUGUGCAUAAGAUAUAUAUGAAAGAUAAAUAAAUUUCAUUUUUAGCCUUGGGCCUCAUCCCUAAGAUACCUCAUUAUAUAGAUAUCUCAUUACUGUAUCAUAAUCCCCUCCUCCACACAUACACACAAAAAAAUCUAAAAUCGGAAACACUUGUAGUGCCCAGCAUUUCUGGUGAGAUACUAAAGCUGUAAGAUUUUGGACUUGGUGUUGGAAUACCUGGGAGUAACUCCUGGUUCUUCCUCUCCCUGGCCAGGGGUGGGGGCCCACAGGUGAGGAGUGUUGCCAUGUUACAGUUGCUCCUUGCUGAGAUGGAAUCCCCAACAGGCUGAGCUCUUAGAACUCCUGUUAAGAUUAAAUAACAUUAAGGAUUUUAAGCGCAGUGUGUCUCCAGUGACAGAUGCUCAAUAUAUUGUUCCUGUUCCUCUGCCACUGUUAUAUAACUUUCCCAGACAUGCUGUGGUUUGGAAGUAACCCCUAAGGCCUGAUGGUUAGUCUUCAUUGCCAGCUGCUGGCAUUUUGGGAAGGUGAUGGAACUUUAAGAGGCAGGCCAGUCUUGUGGAGGGAAGUGAGGACACUGGGACUUUGCCCCUUGCUCUUCCUGUCUCUUUGCUCCUUGGCCUCCUCCAUUACACAUUGUCACUAUGGUGUCCUGUGCCACCACUGGCCCCAAACAGCAAGACCAAGACAGUUCGUGUUUGGUUAAAGAGAGACAGCGGACAGUACUGGCCAAGCAUAUACCACGCAAUGCCUUCUCCAUGUUCAUGCAUGUCUUUUAACCCGGAAACAAGAAGACUGUCCAUAGGUCUAGACAAUGGUACAAUCUCAGAGUUCAUUUUAUCUGAAGACUAUAACAAGAUGACUCCUGUGAAAAACUAUCAAGCGCAUCAAAGCAGAGUGACGAUGAUCCUGUUUGUUCUGGAGCUGGAGUGGGUGCUGAGCACGGGACAGGACAAGCAGUUUGCCUGGCACUGCUCUGAGAGUGGGCAGCGUCUGGGAGGGUAUCGCACCAGUGCCGUGGCCUCAGGCCUGCAAUUUGAUAUUGAAACCCGACAUGUGUUUAUUGGUGACCACUCAGGCCAAGUAACAAUCCUUAAACUGGAGCAAGAAAGCUGCACACUGGUCACAACGUUCAGAGGACACACAGGUGGGGUGACCGCUCUCUGUUGGGACCCAGUCCAGCGGGUGUUGUUCUCAGGCAGUUCCGACCACUCUGUCAUCAUGUGGGACAUCGGUGGGAGGAAAGGAACGGCUAUCGAACUCCAAGGACACAAUGAUAAGGUCCAGGCCCUCUCCUAUGCACAACACACGCGGCAGCUCAUCUCCUGUGGCGGUGACGGUGGCAUUGUCAUCUGGAACAUGGAUGUAGAGAGGCAGGAGACCCCUGAGUGGCUAGACAGUGAUUCCUGCCAGAAGUGUGAUCAGCCUUUUUUCUGGAACUUCAAGCAAAUGUGGGACAGCAAGAAAAUCGGCCUAAGACAGCACCAUUGCCGCAAGUGUGGGAAGGCUGUCUGUGGCAAGUGCAGCUCCAAGCGCUCCUCCAUCCCCUUGAUGGGCUUCGAGUUUGAAGUGAGGGUGUGUGACAGCUGUCACGAGGCCAUCACAGAUGAAGAGCGUGCACCCACGGCUACCUUCCACGACAGUAAACAUAACAUUGUGCAUGUACAUUUUGAUGCGACCAGGGGAUGGUUACUGACUUCUGGAACUGACAAAGUUAUUAAGUUAUGGGACAUGACCCCAGUAGUGUCUUGAUGACUGUCCCAGGAAUCAGCUAGUAUUUACUUAAAAAAUGGUUGUGAUGAUCCAAAUGAUUACUGGAGAAGCAAAGCGGAAGGAAGAGAAGCUGAAGACCCUAGAUGAAUGUACAUCUCACACAGUCGGUGGUGAACUAGCAAAAGAACAUUUGCAGGGACUUUUCAACUGUUCAUACGAUAUAAAGAAGAUAUUUUUUUAACAAAUGAUUUAUACGGUCUGGCUAUGCUACAUUGUUUUAAGUACGCUGAAAACAUCUGUGUGGGUGUUUAAUUUUUAUAUUUUCCAGGUCUCCACUUUACCUGUUGCUUUGUGUGUUGGAGAAAUAAGAGAACUAUCUGUUCAGAUUAUUUUGGUCUUUAUGAAGUGCUUUCCACAUUUUCUUCAUUGUGAUGUGUGACCAGCUUCUUUUUCUUCUCUGGAUAUCAUGUACUUGUACCUGCUCUGCUUUGUACCAGAGUAUAUGUAUUUAUGUGUUCAUUCCUAGUGUUUCUGCUUUCGUUUCUUCUCAGUGGAGAGAUUCGGGAAACCAGUCAUAUGGCUCUACCAGCCAACUUGAUGAGUCACCUGAAGAAUGAUCCAUUUCUGUUGUCUGAUCCGUUCAUGUUCUCACUGAGUAGAAGUGACUUCAUGUUUUUGCCUCAAGUUUCUGUGUUUCCCACUUUAGAAAAAGCUGUGAGAAACAAGUCCCCACCAUUAUCAUCCCAGAAGUAGAUGAUCAGAACUCACAGCUUCAACCAUCAGUGCCUGGAUCAUUUAGCAUUCAGCGAGGGCCUCAUGAGCCCUUUAUAUGUUAGGGUGGAUUUUUUGUUGAUGUUUUGUUGUGUUGUUUUUGUUUAUUUGGGGUUAUUUUGUUUUUGUUAUUUUUGUUUGUUGUUGGGUUUUUUUUACAUAGCUCUUACUUUUAAUGUUCAAAACAAAAACCUACAAGCUCCAAAAACAAAUGCCUUUAAAAUUUGUUUUCCUGUGCAACAUCAUCUCUGAACUAGAACAUGUAUUGCUGUAAGAUUGUAAUCCUGCUCUCUUCCUCUCCAUCUGUACUUUGUUACCCUUCAAACACCAGAUGUUCAGAUAUUUUGUCUUCCUGUACGUCAUCUGAACACUUUGCACACUUUCCUACUGAGGCUGCCUGUGAUCUGAGACGUACGGGCACUGAAUGCUGCAGCUCCUGCUGUGUUCCUCUGAGGGACUUGAAAGAGGGUUUUAGAAAACGAACAUGAAGAUUCUUUCUUCUAAUGGAAUCCAAUCAAACUUGAUAAAUGAUCACCUCAGGAUACUGAAGUCCUUUUUUAAAAUCCUAUUUUCAGUGUAAAAAUAGAAUUAAAAUUAGUGGCAAGCAUGUGCCAGUCCCUGCCCCCUUCUAAGCACUUUAUGCAGAUACUGCCUCAUGAGAUCCUCACCUGUCAGGAAUAUUCAGGCUCACCAAGUCUCUUGAUGAUCCCUAGAUUAAUAAGUCUCACAGAUAAACAGAUCACUCGCCUGCUCUUCCCCUUCUGGGUCCUCUCUCCAAGGUAGCUGUUCGCUCUGAGUUGACAAGUUUUUGGUGGUAGGUAGGAUCUAAGCAGUCGAAAUCCUCCCUAUGAUUUUUUUUUCUCUUCCUGGAAGGCAUUUUACUCGCCUCACUAUCAUUCAUUGCUUUUCUAACUGGCGAUACUCACUGAAAGCCCCACUUGGAUACUGCCCCAACACUGACCCAGUAUACUCCCUGGGGAUGGACUUCCUAAAGGUGACUGCUGGCCCAGCAUUGGGAACAGGGCCAGAGUGUGUGUCCUGCACAUCCGUGGCACACGACACCAGAGGCCAGCAUUCUUGACGCACACAGGUCCACAUGUGCACACACAAGGAAGUUGUCACCAUCUGUCACCUCACUACCCCCCCACUGCUCUUGCUUGUUUGCUAUCAGAGCUGUUAUAACUACUGUGAGUCUGUUCUGCAUGGCUGCUCAUAAGAGAGCUUUUAAAAAGGGAUUACAUUUAAAAUAUCAGAAUAUCUAUUUUAUCAUGUAUUACUAGAAUUUGUGGCCAUUUAUUAUGCGGUGUGUAAUAGAGAGCCAUUUAUUAUGCUGUGUGUAAUAGAGAGCCAUUUAUUAUGCUGUGUGUAAUAGAGAGCUAUGUGCUGGAAAUGAGUAAAAGAAGUGAAUCGCUCUGUUUUCACUUCCGGAAUAUUUGCACCUGGCCUGCAUAUACAGAGGAAAAUACAGAUUCAGGGAGGCAGGAAUUCAGGGACCCAGCAAGCUUUGUGUGGAUUCCCAGUUUAGAUAUAGAUGAGUUCAGACCUUGUUUUGCAAGCUGAGUGCCCCCAUUAGCUCACAUGUGGACAUUGUGGCCUCCCUGCUCUGUGACCCUGUGCUUCCUUCCACCUGCCUCCCUCCCUCCCAGCCUUGCUGUGACCCAGCCCACAGAGCCGCUCAGAGGCUGAAUCUCGUUAAUGAUGCAAAUCAUGAUUGAAAACCACAGGUAUUUCAAGAUUGUCUACUACUCUGCCCGUUGCUUUCCCUUACCUGUGUGGGUGCUUGAAUUUGGUGAAGAGUUUAGCAAAUUAAUUGUGUGGGUUUAUAAUACUGGAUUCUUGCAUUUUGCAUUAAGUAACCACCAGUUUUGUAACUUAGAAAUAUGUUCUGGUGUCAGAUGUCUUCUAGGCGUUUUGUAGAAUUACUGGCUUCAUUGUGAGUGAAAGCUGGCCCCAGCACUUGGCUUUUCUCCUGUCUGGUUAAAAAUCAUGGUUCCUGCUGUACCCUGUUGGGUUUGCACUUUACAUGUAUUUUUGCUGUACUGCUUAAGCAUAAAGCAGCUCUGGCAACUAGUGCCCGCUGGGGCUGUGUUGAAGAAGUAGCCGAACUGCGCUUCACAGAGCUGUGGCAGAAGGAAUUAAUCUCAUGUUCUUGGUUCCCCCAAAGAAAUGACGUUGCUCGAAUCUACAGCUGCUUGGGUGUAUCUCCAAAGUGGCAAAAAAUGGUUUCAAACUAUGUACUUGGAAUCUUGGGUCAUUUUUUUUAAUAUGUGGUCAAUCAACCAUAAUGUAUUUCUUAAAUUUUGAAUUAUUCAGAGAAUCAUAAAAUCGCAAACCUGGAAGGGAUCUUGAGAUCUAGAAUGUUCCUAGGAGAAAAAUUCUCAGGCAGUUAGAUAUAACCGAAGCAUAAACAAGAGAACCCAAAAGACAUAUUCAAGGAACAAUUGUUUUUUAAUAUUACCUAGUAACAGCAUGAGUUGAGGAGCAAAUCCAGCCUCUUGAGACAGGGAGCUCUCUAGACCGGUUUGUUCUCACUGGAAACCUGUUUAAUACCUCCUUUGGCCCCAGCCCUGUGGUUAUGACUGUCAUGGGUCUGAACUCUUAUCAGAAGGUAGUUACUGACUGUUCCUCACCCACAUAAAGUCAUUUCCACACUGUUCCGCAUGGAUCCCCCCAGGAGCAAAGCUGAAGUGGAAAUCCAGGGGUCUCCUGUGUUGCGGACCAGAUUUGAAUGAGACUCUGGGGCGGCACCAUUUGUCCAUCUGGUGGCACAUUGCAAUUUUCUCUGAGGUUCAUUUUUUUAAAAUGUAAUAUAUUUUUGUUUAACAUUAAUCCUCAGAGCUUGAGUUUCAACUUUUAAGCAAAAGAGUGGUUCUAAACUAUGUAUCACCACUAGUAGACAUAAACAUUCAUUGAAUGAAAUUCCUUUGGUUUUGCCUUUUCAUAAUUGUAUGUAAGGGAACUUGUUCACUAAGAUUUAGACCUUAAAGUGAAAGAGAAAUGUUUUGCCAAAAAGUUCUCAUUUUUCUCCUGUAAAAUAAUGUUAGGUUAAAUUUUGCCUGGUGUAAAAGUAGAUAUUUAUUUUGCACCUUGAUUAAAAAACACAGAAACUAGCUUAAUUCUGAACACUGAGUUACCUAGAUUGCAGUUCUAGUCCAGUCAGCUCCCAACUAUUGAGAAACACUCCUACUCCACACACCAGGUAGCUCGGUGCCAGGGUAAACGUGUGUCUGAGAGCCCUUCCUGGCCAUGCAGAAGCUACACGGAUGAGUAAAUGGAUCAUUUCAGCACGUGUGAUUAGUGUUAUGAUAGAUGUGUGUUGGGGUCCCAGCCAUUGUGAUCCUACCAAGCAGAGAAUAAAGAAAAUCUAGGGUAUGGAAACAGCAGACAAGCUUGAAAUCUACAGAGAGCCUGGUGUGUGCAGAGACCGCAAGGAGGUGGCAUUGUCAGAGAACAUCAAGUGACCCAGCUGCAGGCCUGGAGCACAAGCCCUUUUAGCCACUAAGACACCAGUGCUCGUAGCCUCAUGGCCUGGGACAGAUGUGCUCAGUUACCCUGCAACUGGCACUACUAUCUGCCGAUUUCUCUGGAUGCACCGCCUUUCACUUAAAGCUGAGAUGUCGACCUGGAGACAUGCGUGCACAGUCCAUGGGAGAAUAUCUCUUAACUAGAUUAAAACGUAGGCUCGCCAGGCCUAACUGAUCUGCUGUGAGAAAGGCAAGGCAAGGCUAGGCUACAGCAACAGGUCGGGCAGGAGGAGAUUGCUCUACUCAGGGUUGGGCUGGCACUAAAUGUAUAGUACGCCAGGCACAAAUAGUCGCUGCUGCUGGUAAUCCCUGUCCUCCUCAGCCUUAGACUGGCUCUCCGAAGUAACAGGCCAUUCCUGGGCCAUGUAGCAAGUGCCAGGAGCCUGGCAUCAGGGCACUCCCCAUUUAGAAGGGAAAGACUUUUCUCAGUUCAGUUAGGGUCAAAGGGUUCAGGCAGCCAUUUGGCUCCCAAAGACCUGGCUCUGCUGAGGAAGGAGCACCUUGUGGCAGCGCUCCAAAGUGCCUGCCUCAUGUCUUGCUGUGACAUUAUUUGCCUUUUGUCCAUAGCUGAAUUCAGAAAUACCUGUGUUCAUGUUUAAAUUUUAGCCCAGCUUUACAACUGAGAACAAAUACCAAUCCUCAGGUUUUAGUUUGCAUUUUUACCUUUUAAAGUUACCCUUCCCACCAAGAAGCUUCUCUAGGUCCAACACAUGACGGCAGUGUCUGAAAAUUAAAUCUGCCCUAAAUUGGAGGGGGCCCCUCAAUCAGAUUUCCCAUGCCAGGCAAGCUUUUGUAAGACAGUAGGUAGCUCCUUGUCAGAGAUGCUGAGAAGAUUAAGGCUUUGAGGAUGGAUGAAUUCAUAGUCCUUCUUAAGGCCCCUUCAAAUCUUGCGGUUCUGUGAUUCUAUGAAUGUUACUAGACUUAACUCAAACCGUUACCAGCACAGGGCUGACUUCACUCUGACAAAUGAGAGCAUGUUGCCGGGCAAAUAGCUUCUGCCAUAUCAAAUGAACCAGUUCCUGAACUUUGCCAUCUAACGUCUAGUACGGCAUUAGACAAUUAUAAAGGUAGAUGUAUAGAUAUAUUAGGUAGAUUAUAAAGGUAGAGGAUCGUGGUACCAUCUCAUUAUAAAUAGAUACCUCAAAAAGUUCACCUGUAUGAGUCAGGUGUGUCUGACUUUCUUGAAAGAGGAAGUAUCUGGGAGUUCAAGCUGAUUCAGAGUUCGGAAUCUGGCCUUGAUAUUUAUGAUUCUUUGACAUUGUUUUCUUGGUCCUUUGGAACAUAUGAGAAGGUAAACUAUUAGUCAAAAGAAGAAAAAGAAACUAGUUUGAAAAAAAAAAAAAAACCGCUGUCUCCCUUCUUACUUUUCUGUCAUUUGAGUGAUGGCAGCCUGCUGUCAGUAGCCAGUACAAAGUAUGGACCAAAACACUCAUGUCCCCAUUAACUAUUGUAUUCACAGGCAUCUUCUGCUGUUUACCUUGUCUUUAAAGUUACUUUGGUUUUCAAGGUACUGUAUGUACACAAAUUGCUAUUAACUGGACAGCAGGGAAGGUGCUAGCCCCACACCCGUGCCUCCCGUUACUGGCUUUGUAGCCAGGGAUACAGACUGCUGCACACGGCCAGCGGGCUGGGACCCAGCCGCGCCUGACUGCAGUGGGCAUCUUUCUCCUCUUCUGGAAUGAGGAGAUUCUCUGGGGUCAGGCUGACUGUGGUAACCCUAAGCUGGAGCAGAUCUCUCCAGGGUGGCUCCAGCAGAACCCCUCUGGCAUUUGCCCUGCCCUUUGCCUCUGGAUUCCAUCGAGCAGAUCAGCAGCCCUGACAUGACCUCCUGAAUGUGAUGCGGUGGUGCCGUGCACGAAUGUCCUGUGAUGAGACGUCUGCGUCCAGUCCUUCACCCUAUGCUGCUGAACAUAAUGAAUGUUUUCACUCUGCCCAGCUUCCCACUGUGCUGCCCUCUAACCUCUGAUGUAUGUGUAACCAUUACCAGUGUAAGGCUCUCUGUGCAGAGUUGCCCUGUGGUUUAAAAAUAAAUGUUUGUGAACACCUGCCUGCAA